UUUUUUUUUUACUUUGAGAUUUGUAAUUUUGGAAACAAAAAUUGAUAUUUCUAGCUGCAUUGAUGACAUUUUUUACCUUUUUAUGUAAGUGCACAUUAAUGACAUUAUUAUGCAAUUAUGAGUCAUGAAACUUAAGGAAAGGUAGUUAGGUCUAGCACAAGGGGCUAAGAUAUAACUCGAGUCACGCUUCAGAUGUGUAAUCCUUGGUGUGAGGGUGUGUGAUGAGAGUCAUAGUGUCAUACAUUUGAGGAGAUAUGGUCUGAAAAUGAGUUUAUAAGUGGGAGACACCUUUCAUCUUACAAGCCGAUUUUGUAGGGUUGAGCUAAAUGUAGGACUCUCACAAUGUGGCAAACCACUAUUUGAGUUUUAAUCCCUGGUAGGAGAGGUACUCACAUUUAGUGUCUGAUGACUCCUCAUCCUCGAACAAGAUUGCUUCCUAUACGGCGAGACUUGUAGGUCAAAAAAAUAAAAUUCGGAGCAGCAACAAGGAAAGGCAUGCAGGCUAUGUGGUUGAUGCUGUUGUUGUUGGUGGAUAUUGCAUUAGGGAAUUCAGAUACUGAUGCACUUCUUGAACUCAAGAAGGGUAUUCAGAAUGACCCUUAUGGAUUAGUUCUUAAGUCUUGGGAUUCCAAGUCAUUAGAAUCUAAUGGUUGUCCUCAGAAUUGGUAUGGAAUAUUAUGCAGUGAAGGAAAUGUUAUAUCCAUCACUCUUGACAAUGCUGGUUUGGUUGGAGAGUUUAAUUUCGUUGCAAUUAGUGGCCUUACUAUGCUUCACAACUUGUCAAUUGUAAACAACCAAUUCACAGGAAGUAUGUUACAUAUUAGUCCAAUGAAAUCGCUUAAAUUUCUCGAUUUGUCUCUCAACAAGUUUAACGGGUCGUUUCCAUCUACUUUUGUCGAAUCGCGUAACUUAGUGUAUCUGAAUCUUUCUUCAAAUGAAUUUAGUAGCACUAUUCCGCCCGUGUUUCGCAAACUUGAGCAGUUGAAGUAUUUAGAUUUUCACAGUAAUAGCUUUUCUGGUGAUAUUAUGAACAUCUUUUAUCAGAUGGGAAGUGUUUUACAUGUUGACUUAAGCAGCAACAAGUUCUCUGGUACAUUGGAUUUGGGACUUGGAGAUGUCUCUUUUCUCUUCUCGAUUCGAUAUUUAAAUGUUAGCUACAAUUCUUUGACUGGUGAACUAUUUGCUCAUGAUGGUAUGCCAUACCUUGACAAUUUAGAGGUGUUUGAUGCUAGUAAUAAUCAGCUAGUUGGUAAUAUACCUUCCUUUGCGUUUGUCGUAUCGCUAAGGAUUCUUCGACUAUCAUGCAAUCAUUUGACAGGUUCAUUUCCAGAAACUUUGUUGAAGGAAAGUUCUAUGAUGUUGUCUGAACUUGAUCUUAGUCAAAACAAGCUUGAAGGUCCUAUUGGAAGCAUCACCUCGAUGACUCUAAGGAAGCUUAAUAUAUCUUCAAACAAAUUUUCAGGACCAUUACCUCUCAAGUUAGGCCAUUGUGCCAUCAUUGAUUUGAGCAAUAACAUGCUGUCAGGAAAUUUGUCAAGGAUCAAAUAUUGGGGUAACUAUGUGGAACUUAUUCAGUUAAGUUCAAACUCAUUGUCUGGAACGCUUCCGAACGAAACUUCGCAAUUUUUAAGGUUAACUUCACUUAAUGUAUCCAAUAACUCAUUGGAGGGAUUUCUUCCGCCGGUGUUGGGAACCUAUCUGGAGCUAAAAGUUAUCGAUCUUAGUCUCAACCAGCUUUCUGGAUUCCUUUUACCAGCCCUUUUUGCCUCAACCAAAUUGACUACUCUUAAUCUCUCAAACAAUAAGUUUUCUGGACCGAUUCCUUUUCAACUUCCAAAUAAUAAUCCAUUGGUUUUGGAAGAAGACUUUACUUUGACAUCUCUUGAUCUUUCACACAACACCUUGAGUGGAAAUCUUUCUUCAAACAUGAAGGAGCUUCAUAAUUUGUCAUAUCUCAAUCUAUGUAACAACAAAUUGGAAGGUACUAUUCCUAAUGAUCUUCCAGAUGCAUUAAGAGGAUUCAAUGUGUCCUUUAAUAAUUUUUCUGGUGUUGUACCUGAUAACUUGUUGCAGUUUCCUGAAUCAGCAUUUCAUCCAGGAAAUACUAUGCUGAUAUUUCCAAAUUCUCAAUUAUCAUCACCAAAAGAUUCUUCCAACAUAGAUUUGAAGGAACAUGGGUCACAUAAGAAAACCUUCACUAGGAGUGUCUUGAUUACAUGUUUGGUUACUUUUUCUUUUGUGAUAGCUAUUAUUAGUGCUAUGGUUUGUUAUAGGAUUCAUCAGAAAAAAGAAGGAACUUCAAAACAAGAUGCAACAAUGGAUGACAUUAUAGAUAAGAGUGCUUCUCCAUCAAAGAGAGAAGAGUCUAAAAGAAAUGUGGAAUCAUUACCACCUUUGGACGAUUCCGAAAACAUUCAUACAACUUUAAAGGGGCUUAAAGAUCUUGAGUUUGUUAAGAAUGAGGAAGGAACUUCUUCUCCGAUGUCGAAUCCUUCAUCUUCUACAAGCCAUCAAUUCGAGAAUCCUAGCGACUCCCUCAAAGUAUCCUCACCAGAUAAACUGGUGGGGGACUUGCAUCUAUUUGAUGGAUCGUUGAUGCUAACUCCAGAAGAACUUUCACUCGCUCCGGCCGAAGUUGUUGGAAGGAGUUGUCAUGGAACACUCUACAAAGCUACACUUGAAUCUGGUCAUGUAUUGGCUGUCAAAUGGUUAAGAGAAGGAAUAACUAAAGGGAAAAAGGAGUUGGCUAGGGAAAUGAAGAAACUUGGGACAAUUAAGCAUCCAAGUUUGGUUUCUUUUCUUGGUUGCUAUGUAGGGCCUAAGGAGCAUGAGAGAUUGAUUAUAUCAAAUUACAUGAAUGCACAUUCUUUGGACAUUUAUCUGCAUGAGGCUGAGAAAAGAAAUAUCCAUCCUUUGUCUCUUGAUGAAAGGCUCAGGGUAGCCGUAGAAACGGCUCGAUGUCUUCUUUUCCUACACGCCGAGAAAACCAUACCUCAUGGCAAUCUCAAAUCCACCAACAUUCUUAUAGAAACUCCCAACAGAAAUGUCUUGCUCACUGACUACAGCUUGCACCGAAUACUUACUGCCGCAGGUACUUCUGAGCAAGUUCUGAAUGCCGGCGCACUCGGUUACUGCCCGCCUGAGUUCGCUAGAUCAACCAAACCAUGCCCUUCUUUGAAGAGUGAUGUCUAUGCAUUUGGAGUUGUGUUAUUAGAGCUCCUAACAGGAAUAAAAUCAGAAGAAAUAGUUUCUGUUGGAGAAGAUUACAUUAGCAAGUGCUUUGAAAAGUCACUUGUGGAUAAGCACAAUGGAGAAGAAUCAUCUAGGAGGAUUCUUGAUGAAAUGCUAAAAGUGGCUCUUAGAUGCAUUCUUCCAGCAUCUGAGAGACCUGAUAUGAAAACAGUUUUUGAUGAUCUUUCAACAAUAAAGAAUAGUUGAAUGAUCACAGCCUCAAUCACUUGCAUCACCAUUGUCUAUAACUGUUUUUGUUACUUUUUUUUCUGGUUGUCCAGGUAUUCUUCAGUCGAAAGUCAGAGAUUAAUCCUUCGAGGUACGAAGAUUUACUUAGAAAGCUGACAUCUCCUAACAAAUGUUCUUCCUUACACACCGGUUAUCAGGGAUCUUCUAACUCAUGACUACAUGCUUAAGGGACCUAAUUAUGUGUCAAAGAUCGAAUCCAGGACCACAUGCUUAAGGAACUCAUUACCGCACUAUGUUGGUUGUUUUAAGGGAGAGUUGAUGAUCACAGUCUCAAUCAUUUGCAUCAUCAUUGUUUAUAAUUGUUUUGGUUACUUUUGAAAGUAUAUUAAAUUUUGUUCACUUGAUGAUAACUUUUCAUAGGCAUUUUAACAAGUCUUAGGAUAAUAAAAUGAAAUUCUUUAUCAAAGGAAAUUCAUGAUUUUCAACCCUUAUGAUGGGAAAAUUGUAUAUUGUUGAAUUUAUAGUAUUGUUCCAUCUAAUAAUUGACAUUGCUAGACAUUAAUCUACUGUUAUUUUUUCUUCCUAAGAAAAGGGUAGUUAUAAACAACACACUACCUCGAACUUGAGAUUUAAA